AUGGCGGCUUAAAUUGAGGAAAAUUGUAAUAUUUUACAUCUUUGAGUUACAAAUCAUCCCACUACCUUAGAAAUGCCUCUCUCCGAGAUGAUUGCUUCUUUAGGAAGCAAUCAGUACUUUUCAGCCGGAUUUGGACUAGUUGGCGUGGGUGCAGGGCUUGCAGUGUUACGAAAGGGAGGUCAGUUUGCUUUCACUGCCUUCCGACGAUACGCGAUCAUUACUCUUGAAGUUCCAAGCAAAGACAAGAGUUACCACUGGGUUCUACAGUGGAUCGCCGCUCAGGGUCAAAGAGCCCAGCAUCUCAGUGUAGAGACAACUUUUCAACAACACGAAACAGGGAAAAUAAACACGCGAUUCGACUUCUCGCCUUGUCCUGGGGUUCAUUUCUUCAAGUACAAAAACAGCUUCGUUCGUGUAGAGCGAUCAAGAGAGAAGAUGGUCGAUCUAACCACGGGGGCGCCAUGGGAGACUGUAACACUCACAUCUCUUGCAACAAACAAACAGUUGUUUUUCGAUAUCUUGAGCGAGGCAAGGCAAAUGGCACUUGAAAAACAAGAAGGAAAAACUGUUAUGUACACAGCGAUGGGUGCCGACUGGAGACAGUUUGGUUUUCCAAGGAGAAAGAGACCGCUGGAUUCUGUGAUUCUGGAUGAUGGUGUCUCUCAGAAAAUUUUGGCUGAUGUUAAAGAAUUCAUUGCAUCUGCCAAGUGGUACAUAGACAGAGGUAUUGUCUUGGUGAUAAACUGAGUACGUUGAGGACUAAGAACAUUCCCAGUUUACAAAUAUAACAAUGCUGAUUCCUUACAGUAAACAAGCUUGCUUGCUGCUAGUUUUAUACUGUUUCCUUGUGGGGCAGUACAUUAGUACAGUUUCAAUAGUCUGUAUUAUGCAAAUGUUAUGUUCCAAAAAGAGAUGGGGGAGGGAGGGGGGGCGGGGAAUGUGGAAGUGUGGAGGCAUGAUGGCUUGCUGACUGAACUUAAGGUUUAGAAGUAUGAGUCAAGUGCCAGUAGGUUGAUUGUCUUGUGUUUUUUAGGCAAGAUAAUUAAGUCUCACAAUACCUCUCUCCACCUAUGAGCUUAAAACUGUCAAGAAAUCCUAAGGGGGUAGCCCACAAUAGACUGGCUGCCCAUCCAAGGGGAGUAGCAAUACUCCUAAUCACUUAAGAAAGUAGAAUAAGUUCUGGCAUUGUAGGCUACUGGACUUGAAAACUAUGCCUCUCACUGUUAACAAAAAUUAUUUUGGGGACAUGUUAAUACAUGUAUUUUUAAAAUUUUUUUAGGUAUUCCAUACCGAAGAGGAUAUUUGUUGUAUGGGCCUCCUGGAUGUGGGAAAAGCAGCUUUAUGUAUGUUGUGCUUUUGAAUUAUAUCAUAUAUAUAAAACUAUUUCUUGUCUUUAAGUGUAUAGUGUAAAAAUGCAUGCAGCCACAACUUCAUGGAUUUAACUUGACACGUACAUACAACUUUAUGUUCAGAUUAAAUAUUUGAAAAGGAACUUAAUUUUUUUUAUAUCUGGCUAAAAUGCAUCAACACCCCAGAGUCAAAGUUGUAAUAUUUAAAUAAAAGUUAAUAGAGGUAACUUGUUGUGAAUUACAUGUAUGUUCUUCAUACAUGUAAUAGGUUAAUUUAGGUUUUUUUGUGUGCACCGUCGAGACGGCCCUUAACUUAAAGUGCUGCAGCUUUGUUUUCAUGUUUGAUUUCUACCAGCUUUCCUAACCAUCACCUCUACUGACUAAGAUCAUCAAAAUCUUUUUUUUUUUUGCCCAAAACAUUUGGAAUUGUUGAGGGAGCCAAAUGUAAAAAUUUUGCUCCAGCAUUAAAGCAUGUUGAAUUUAUCAGGCAAGAUUGCAGUACAUACAAAUGUAAUUGUGCAAAAUCUUAAAGAUUGGCCUGCUAAGGUUUUAGUCAUUGAGGCUGCAAAUCUAGACUAAAUGGUGUUACUCUUUUCCCCAUUCUGUGGGCCUUGGCUUUGAUCUUUAACCCUUUACACCCUAACAUCAGUUGACAUAUUCUCCAUACUGUUCUCAAUACAUUUCCUAAAGUGCUGAUAAGGAGAAUUUGUUUAACAAUCUAAGGCUUAUAUCAGUGAUUAUCUGUGAUUUUGGGGGUGAUGUUGUGAGGAGAAAUUAGAUGCUAGUCACUCACAGAGGUGAAAGGGUUAAUGAAUCAGGUCCCUGGAUUUUUUCUUUUCAUUCUAUAUUUUAUGUAAAACUUCUACUGGUGAAGCAUCUGAACAAGUUAUGGAAACAACUGUACUGUUCUCAUGUAUUUCCACCAACAGUUCAUUGUUGCUCUGUUUCUGUAAUAACUGAAAUAAUCAUCAGCCAAUUAAUGUAACAUUUUUCAACUAUCAGACAAGCACUAGCAGGAGCUCUGGACUACAGCAUAUGUGUCAUGAACUUAAGUGAUCGCAGUCUGUCAGAUGACCGCCUCAACCAUUUAAUGAGUGUAGCACCCCAGCAAAGUAUUAUUCUGUUAGAGGAUAUUGAUGCUGCCUUUGUAAAGAGAACUGAUGAGAAGGAAGAAGGGAGAGCAAGUGGCUACAUAAACAGGGUAUGGAAAAGAUUGUACUGAUUUUCCUGAAAAUCUUAUGUAAGGGGUUCUGUAAAGUAUUAUGAGUGUGAGAUAUGCAUGCACAAACACUCAAUGAUGGGUUAUUGCAUGAAGAUGACUGUUGUUGUGAACUAAAUUUUGGUAAGAUUUUUUUUUACUUAUUCCUUUGACCCAAUGUUUAUAACCUCUCCUGUAAAAAAAGAAAUCAGUUUCCUUAAAUGAUAAGGUUUAUUGAAACAUCAGAGCACUGGUACCAAAGGUCUGCCAAUAAUUGUCCUUCUGACAGCCACACUGUUCAUUUCUUUAUAAAUUUUUUAAGAGAAUUGUACAUAUUAAUUUUAUCAAAGGGUAAAAUCUUAAGCUGAUGAGUUGUUUAACCUGCAGGUAAUAGAGUUGUGAGCAUUAGUUGCAUAGCAAUUUCAGGGGGUUUAAAUAUUUAUUUUAAAACUUUUUAAGGGUCUGGAUUUUUUCACAUACUCUUCUUGUAAACAUCUGGAAUAUUUUGGCGUUUAAAGAAACUUCAACCUCUGUUGUUCCCCUCUUUCUGUGAACCGAUGUUUGGGAAAGAGCUGAUCUGAGUUACUUUUCCUUGUUAACUUUUCUUCAGGUGACCUUUAGUGGUCUUCUGAACACCUUGGAUGGCGUGGCAUCAUCUGAAGAACGCAUUGUUUUCAUGACUACUAAUCACCUGGACAGGCUUGAUCCAGCCCUCAUACGACCAGGCAGGGUGGAUGUCAAACAGGAGAUUGGCCUCGCUUCCAAAUCUCAGUUACAAAAGAUGUACACUCGCUUUUAUCCCGACCAGAUACCUUCUUGCGCAGAGGAGUUCGCGGACAAAGUAUUUAGAUUGAAGCAGGGAAGAAGCAUCGCGCAGAUACAAGGACACUUUAUGCUAUUCAAAAACGACCCUCUAGGUGCCAUAGAAAAUAUCGAAAUUCUUAGAAACUAG